AAUUGUUUGCUUUUCCCUCAGCUUUUCAAACAGAAGGGAAGUUAUAUCUUAUUUUAGACUUUCUCAGAGGAGGCGAUUUGUUUACACGCUUAUCCAAAGAGGUCAUGUUCACAGAAGAUGAUGUCAAAUUUUAUUUGGCUGAAUUAGCACUCGCUUUAGACCAUCUGCAUAGUCUUGGGAUAAUAUACAGAGAUCUAAAACCAGAAAACAUACUUCUUGAUGAAGAAGGGCAUAUUAAAUUAACAGAUUUUGGCUUAAGCAAAGAAUCUAUUGAUCAUGAGAAAAAGGCGUACUCCUUUUGUGGAACAGUGGAAUACAUGGCCCCAGAAGUAGUUAAUCGGCGAGGUCAUACACAGAGUGCAGACUGGUGGUCAUUUGGUGUAUUAAUGUUUGAAAUGCUCACUGGUACUCUACCUUUUCAAGGGAAAGACAGAAAAGAAACCAUGACUAUGAUUCUCAAAGCCAAACUUGGAAUGCCCCAGUUUUUAAGUCCAGAAGCUCAGAGUCUUCUUCGAAUGCUUUUCAAAAGAAAUCCUGCAAAUAGAUUAGGAGCAGGUCCCGAUGGAGUUGAGGAAAUUAAGAGGCAUCCAUUUUUCACCACAAUAGACUGGAAUAAAUUGUACAGAAGAGAAAUUAAUCCACCAUUUAAACCUGCAACUGGCAGACCUGAGGACACUUUUUAUUUUGAUCCUGAAUUUACAGCAAAAACGCCAAAAGAUUCACCUGGUAUUCCACCAAGUGCUAAUGCUCACCAGCUUUUCCGGGGUUUCAGUUUUGUAGCUAUUGCAUCAGAUGAUGAAAAUCAAGCUAUGCAGACAUCUGGUGGGCAUUCAAUAGUUCAGCAGUUGCACAGGAACAGCAUUCAGUUUACUGACGGAUACGAAGUCAAACAAGAUAUAGGAGUUGGAUCCUAUUCCAUUUGCAAGAGAUGUAUACAUAAAACCACAAAUAUGGAAUAUGCUGUAAAGAUUAUAGACAAGAGUAAGAGAGACCCUACAGAGGAAAUAGAAAUAUUGCUACGAUAUGGACAGCAUCCAAAUAUUAUUACUCUUAAAGAUGUAUAUGAUGAUGGAAAAUAUGUAUUUCUGGUAACAGAACUCAUGAAAGGUGGAGAACUGCUGGAUAAAAUCCUUAGGCAAAAAUUUUUUUCUGAAAGAGAAGCUAGUGCUGUGUUAUUGACAAUUACAAAAACUGUUGAAUAUCUUCAUGCACAAGGGGUUGUACAUAGAGAUUUGAAGCCUAGUAAUAUCUUAUAUGUUGAUGAAUCAGGUAAUCCAGAAUCUAUUCGAAUUUGUGAUUUUGGCUUUGCAAAGCAGCUGAGAGCAGAAAAUGGCCUCUUAAUGACACCCUGUUACACAGCAAAUUUUGUUGCUCCAGAGGUGUUAAAAAGGCAAGGGUAUGAUGUAGCAUGCGACAUAUGGAGCCUUGGUGUCCUUCUAUAUACAAUGUUGACUGGUUAUACUCCCUUUGCAAAUGGUCCUGAUGAUACCCCAGAAGAAAUUUUGGCACGAAUAGGUAGUGGGAAGUUUUCUCUCAGUGGUGGAUAUUGGAAUUCUGUCUCAGAAACAGCAAAGGACUUAGUUUCGAAAAUGCUCCAUGUUGACCCUCAUCAGAGAUUGACUGCUGCUCAAGUUCUAAGGCACCCAUGGAUAGUUCAUUGCGAUCAGCUGCCUCAGUACCAACUCAACAGGCAAGAUGCUCCACAUCUUGUGAAGGGUGCCAUGGCAGCUACAUACUCAGCAUUGAAUCGCAAUCAGUCCCCAGUUUUGGAGCCAGUUGGUCGCUCUACGCUUGCUCAAAGAAGAGGAGUAAAAAAAAUUACCUCAACUGCUCUGUGAAAUGACCUCAUGUAAAAAAAAUAUGGUACCACAAUGAGUUGAUAGCACAAAUUAUGGCAACACAUAGCACAUACCCCAAUUACCUGAAAGCACACUCUUCCAGCUGGUACUGUUAUGCUGCUGCUCCUACUUUCAUCUUUUGAAAACUGUUAAAGACAAAACAUUUUCCUUCAAGUGGAGAAAAAAGUGGAAUCAGGAGGGGGAAAAAAACAAUUAAUGGAAAUAAUUAUGAACACCUCUUGUUACAAUAGAUACACUGAAAAAAGCACUCUGCACCAUAUAGCAUUAUUUUUAUAGGGAAUCUUUUUCCUCCCUUUAAAAUAAUUAUUUGAUACAUGUAAGGAUGGACAGUUUAUGUUAAGCACUUACCUUAAAAUAUGUUUAUAUUAGCACUGUAAUUUGUGCCAUCCAGUGUUUUAUAUGUUUUGUAUAUUUUUCCUAACAAUACACUUACGUACUGUUUCCUUCUCUUUAGACUAAUUGAUUUGACAAUUAAAUCUGAUUAAAAUGUUAAUCAGUAUGAUUGGACAUUUCUAAAACAGCUUGACUGUUAAACAGCUAUUGAAUGUAAUUCUGUGAAUGUGUAUUUCCUUGCUUGGAUUUUCCCAUGGACACAUUAUUAGAAAUCUUGGGAAUUGUUAAAGCAUUUAAUGGUAUAAAUGGCAUCUUAUAAUCACAUAUGUGGUUUGCUAUUUAUGGAAGCAAAAAAGGUCUGCAUAUUGUCAUGAUGAGUGUCUUUUUGUGAACCUCAGAAACUAUGGCUAAAUAGUUUAACUUUGGUUCAUCUGAUGUUAAUUGUAACUGGUUUUUCUUUGUUGCUUAAGCAGCAAUACUAUUUAUUGCACAGUGCUGAUCAGAAAAUGGAGAGGGCAGAAAUGUAAUGUUUAAACUGAAAUAGUGCAUUCUCCAAUAAUAAUGUUACAAUAGUGGCCAAAAGUGUGGAUACCUUUUGGGGAAAAUGCAUUUUGAGAUUUGAUGGCUAAUAACACCACUUUUUUUGGAGUUUCGGGAUAAUCAUUCCACUGCUGGAAUGGCCUGGGAAUAGCCCAGACCUUAACCCAAAUGAAAAUCUAUGGAGCCGACUGAAGAAAUUUGUUAGUCAGAAGGAACCCAGCAAUAAAACCCAGUUAAGAGAAGCAAUCAUUCAAUCUUGGUUUCACAUUAUAACAGCUGCAGAACUAAAAGACUUGGUUCACUCCAUGGGAAGAUGUUGUAAGGCCAUAAUUAAUGCUAAAGGUUACCUAACUAAGUAUUAACUGACAUAGUGAUAAUUUUUGUAUACAGUGUAUCUCGUUUUUUCUAUGGUGAUAAUUUUUGUGUAUCUCAUUUUUUCUAUGUGUUUCACUUUUCUUCUUUAUAACUGCUAUUCUACAGUAAUAGCAAAUCCUUCAUGAAAAUUAUUGCAUUACAUUCAUGAUUAAAUUAUCUUUCCAUUGAUAUAUAAUUUUAUAGUACGUGGUGUUAUUAGCUAGUUUUAAAAAAUACACUUUUCCUCAAAGGUUUCCACAAUUUUGGCCACUACUGUAGAUCAUUUUUGUGGCUAAAAAUUAACAGCAGGUCUGUUAUACUUGGGCCACUAUAGACAAAAGCAGCAUUGAGUACAAAUUGAAUGGAAUGUGUCCCAGUGUCUUCAACUGUUUCUAGUGGCUCUGCCUUCCAAGUUUGGCAUCUUUGUAGAUUACAAUCUUGAAGAAUGCUGUAUAAUCAAAUGCUAAGGUUGCUAAACACACAUACUAAACAUAAUGGCACUA